CCUUAAAUAAUUUUUUUCCAAGUCAUUUUGUUAAUUAAUUUGUUUUUUAAGGUUAUUUGUAUAAAAAAGCCAAACCUUCCCUUUCUUCCUCCUCCUCUUUCUCCACUGCCGCCGCUAUCGCCACCGCCGUCACCACUAAAACUCUGAACCCUAAUCCUAAAUCCCAUCUUGUAUUGUUCCCAAUGUCACACCUUGACAACAUUCCAUCCACUCCUGGCAAAUACAAACCCGACAAAGCUUUCCGUUUCAACUCCUCCGCCGCAUCUUCCUCUCUUUCCAAACUAACCCUUUAUUCCACCCUUUUCCUUUCUGUCCUCCUUUUCUUCCUCCUCCUACUUUCCUCCCCUUCUUCCCCACCAUCGCCGCGCCGCCACCUCUCUAGUGGGUCCCACCACACCUCACUCUCUCUUUCCCACAAACUAAUCCGCAAAUCUGCCCGUCCUCGCUCUACCACCGGUCACACCGUUCUUGUGACUGGCGCCGCCGGUUUCGUCGGUACCCAUGUUUCUCUCGCUCUUAAACGCCGUGGAGACGGUGUCCUUGGCCUUGACAACUUUAACCAUUACUAUGAUCCAACCCUGAAAAGGGCUCGCCAGAAGAUCCUCGAAAAAGCUGGGGUUUUUAUCGUCGAAGGCGACAUCAACGACAAGGGUCUUCUCCAGCAACUGUUCGAUGCCGUUUUAUUUACUCACGUAAUGCAUUUAGCAGCUCAGGCAGGUGUUCGUUACGCUAUGCAAAACCCAGGAUCUUAUGUUCAUAGUAACAUUGCUGGAUUUGUGAACUUACUGGAAGUGUCGAAAUCGGCCAACCCUCAACCGGCGAUUAUCUGGGCAUCUUCAAGUUCGGUAUACGGCUUGAAUUCUAAGGUGCUAUUUUCAGAGAAAGAUAGAACUGAUCAACCUGCUAGUUUAUAUGCUGCUACAAAGAAAGCCGGUGAGGAAAUUGCGCAUACGUAUAAUCAUAUUUAUGGACUUUCAAUAACUGGAUUGCGAUUCUUCACGGUUUAUGGUCCUUGGGGUCGGCCCGAUAUGGCAUAUUUCUUUUUCACUAAAGAUAUAAUGAAAGGUAAAACUAUCACUGUAUAUGAAUCACCAGAUAAGGGUAGUGUGGCUAGAGAUUUUACCUAUAUCGAUGAUAUAGUGAAAGGGUGUUUGGGAGCAUUGGAUACGGCAAAGAAGAGUACAGGGAGUGGGGGAAAGAAGAGAGGGCCUGCACAAUUGAGGAUUUUUAAUUUGGGGAAUACUUCGCCUGUACCUGUGAGUACGUUGGUUAGUAUAUUGGAGAAGAUUUUAAAGGUGAAAGCUAAGAAGAAAGUAAUGCCAUUACCAAGAAAUGGGGAUGUGGAGUUUACACACGCCAAUAUUACCUUAGCAAUGACGGAGCUCGGUUACAAGCCGGCGACUGAUUUGGAGGCAGGGUUGAAGAAGUUCGUGAGAUGGUACUUCAGUUUUUAUUCGGGGUCAAAGAAGAAGAGUUCUUAGUGAAACUUUCUCAAUCUUUCUUUUUUUUUUUUCUCAUUUUAGUUCAUAUUGAUUACUUCUCUAUUGUGUUCCUUUUGUCGUUUAUUGAGCAUUUACUUCAUCGUCUGCUUGAUAUAAUCAUGCAAGUAGGGGUGCUGUUCUGCUUUGCAUGUAGGGUGGGCAUCUCUUCCCAAUUCGUAGUGAUGGGAAGCUAGCAGCAUUUUAGUUGUUAUUCCACGUGUUGCUUCCUUUUCUCUUGGAAGCUUCUUUUAGCAGUUUUAAGCCUUGUACAGUUCAUGACUGAUGGAUCGAAAAGAUGUUCUGAUUGCUGGUUCAUUUUGUUUUCUCAACCGUACAGUUAUUUCAAUAAAAUCGCAACCGCUGCAAUGUGCUUUUAAAUGA